AGGUGUUGUGUUGAAGUUGAAUGUGUUGACGAGCCUCUUGCUUCUUGUCCAUCGGUAACACACAAAUCGGAGUAAUAUUGUUGUCGUGAGAUUCACGGGCACGGAUUCGUCGUGUAGAAUUCGGUCCACGGGCAGUCGAGGCCUGUUUGGUGGGUGUCGGACAGUGCGUAUUACGGACAGGACAACAACACGACGAUGGCCGCGUGGAGGAGGGCCAACCCAGUCAACUUCUUUCUCGGCCGUGCAGAGUCCGGCCAUCCGAGGCUGCUGGCACGCGAUUUCCUCAGGUGCAAGAUCGGCACGGCCAGACCCUGGUACAGGAAGGACCUUUUCUCGCACUACGGAUGCGUUAACGCCAUCGAGUUCUCAGCCGAGGGAGAUCUCCUUGUCUCAGGUGGGGAUGACAGGAGAGUGCUGCUAUGGAAAAUGCAUGACAUCAUGGAGGUGCGGGAACGGCCGGCGCGGCCUGCCGUCAUGAACACGGAGCAUGGCAGCAACAUUUUCUGCCUCAGCCUCAGCAGCGACAACAAGAGCAUUUUUUCCGCUGGAAAUGACGAGACUGUGAUCAUACACGACGUCGAAACGGGAGCCUCCGUUCGGUGUUACAUGCACGAAAAACCCGUCUACUGCAUUUCCUUGAACCCGAGCAAUGACGACAUCUUCUGCAGUGCCAGUGACGACGGCAGGGUUCUCAUUUACGACGUCAGGAAAGAGCCAAGUGAAGGAGAGGCGUUGAUUCUUGCGUCAAGCACCGGUGCCUACCACGGAGUGAUGUACAAUCCCACGGAACCGGCUCUGGUGGCUACUGCCAACGCAAAAACGGGCCUCAGUCUGUACGACGUGCGGAAACCCAAACAGCCUUUGGUGCAGUACGGAGAAAACAGGAACGAGAGCUGCAUGAGCGUGCGCUUCAACCAGCGGGGCACGCACUUGCUCGGCCUCAGGAGACGCCGGGAGGCUGUUCUCUACGCGACGGUCUCGGCCAAGCCUGCAGCCACAUUCGACAAUCCAGGCUACUACAACUCCUGCACCAUGAAGAGUUGCACUUUUGCUGGGCCAGAUGACGAUUUUGUCCUCUCCGGCUCGGACGAUUUUAAUUUGUAUUUGUGGAAAGUUCCUUACGUCGACACCGAUGACUUUGCUGCUGUUACAAAGGCCAUUUAUACUUUGAGCGGCCACAGAUCGAUAGUGAACCAAGUGCGCUACAACUCUGCCUACAAUCUCAUCGCUUCCUCGGGCGUCGAAAAAAUAAUCAAACUGUGGAGUCCGAUCGAAUUUCCUGAACAUUGUGAAGACCCCGACAAGCUUGUUCUGAAGCAGCCCAGGAAGAUGUACACACACGAUGAAUAUAUUCGGCUUGUUCUCCAAACCGGACAAUUUAUGUCGCACGAUUACAGCGAGCAAAACACAGAAGAAGAUCCACGCAUGAUGGCGUUUUUCGAUUCCUUGGUCCAGAGAGAAGUGGAUGGCUGGAGUUCUGAAGAGGACGGCGAAAAAAUUAAUUCAGACAAAGAUUCGGCAAAUAAUGAUUCUUCAGAUGAAUGCACCCUAUUCUGCAUGGGAUUCAGGAAAAAGCUAAGACGGAGGGAGAUGAGAAACAUUUUGAGAGACAGCCAAGCUUCCACUCACGACGCCAACAGCAGAAUGGCACUGUUAAUCAACAGGAAGAGGAAAACCCUGAGGCGGAGUCGGCGGCACAUGGCCCGCAGGCAGGCGGCAGCGUUGCUGCGGGAAGCGCGGUUGAAGUCACCGACAGUGGCGAACGGCUGGCCGAACGGGUUGCAACCCGUGGCGGGCCCUUCGUCCAACGGACAGCGAGAGUGCGAGUGCGGAACAGUGCUGGACGAUUUGGAGGAGAGUUCGGAGGAGGAGUCGCCAGUGCGGAAAAUGCCAAAGUCGGUUGUGCACGUGGUUGGGGCGGGUGCCAAGGGCAACGGUCUGUCCGUGGACAGGGGGCCGGACGUGCGGCACGUGGACAGUGGGGUGGAGCUGAACAGCAGCAGCGGCAGUUCGCACCACAAAUCGUCGACGCAGCACCGCAGCAGGAGCGAGCGCAAGCCCAACAAGCGCGAGGCCCGCAGGAGGCGCGACUCGACCCCUUCCACCGACUCCUCAGACUCGAAUUGCUGAUUGUGAGGGCCACUCGAUCUGAAAUUGUGAUCUUAUAUUCGUCUUAAGCGGAGCUGAAUGGACUGAUAGUUUUUAUUUAUACCUCUUCAAACGCACGGCACAAUACCAAAAACGUUUCUAUCAAAUCGUCUUCUCUUUUCAAUCUCUCAUGUUCCUUAUUUUUUAGAAAUAAAUGUGAUUCUGAUGCGUGUGCGACUAACGUGUACAUUCUUACUUCAAAAUAUGUGUAAGACAUUAUAUCAAAGAAAACUAUGUUCGUAAAACAAACCGUGCAAAUUUCUUUGAUGGAGCAUUUUGCAUCUUUUUUUCCCAGGAAAGUUGUUGAAUUUUUUUAAAAUAUCAUAAUGAAGCUAGAUUUUAUGUUAUCUAUCUUGGAGCUACUGAAUUUCCUCACAGAAAAUAUUUCGGUCAGAAAUUUUUGGAAAAAUCCCAAUCUGCAAAAAUUGCCGCAGAGCUCAGAACAGUUUCCAAACCUGUUAAUUUUUUUAUCCGACCACCUUUUUGAGAAUAGGUCAUAUUUUUAAAAUCUAACCAUAAAAAAAUUCAAGAUAACUUUGUACAGACUUAAAAUUUUAUUAAGAAAAUUUAUGAUUUAGAAAUAGUUUGACUAUCUCUUGCUGCCAGUCCUAUUGAGAUCCCUGAUGGCCUGCGACGCUGGGCCUUGAAGCACUUUUCUUGAAAGCCGAAUAAUUCCAGACACAGGAUCUCGGCCAAAGAAUUUGACUUGGAUUUCUUGGCCUUCUUCUAAGCCUAAAGCGCUCGGAUGAGAAAUCUGCAAACACGCACAUUAAUAAAUAAAUCAAUCAAGACGUCUGUUAAUACUUUUCUCUGGUCAAGCUGAGAAUUGUGGAGGAGACAAGGCGUCAUUCCAGGGUACAAGGUAACCAUGACUCCGCUCUCCCUGAGCUCGACGAUUUUGGCAGUGUAGAUGGCGCCGAACUCGAGCUCUGGCUCCCUCGGCGCCUCCAUUUGCUUCUCCAUGUACUCCUUGGCUUCGUCGACGGCACUUUGGUUCGGUCCGAAAAACUGGAAAAUGUUUUCCUCCAGUUGGCUGACCUGCACGCCCGUCUCGGCUGUCAGCUUCUUCAAAUUGGAUCCGCCCAGCCCUAGGAACUUUGCUCUCUUGUGCGCCGGUACUUCGAUUCGCUCAGACACAGGCCAGUUGUCUUUGUGUUUUCUUGAAAUAAAUCAGAUUUUUAACUUAAUUUGUUCAAAAAAUUAAGAGGUUUGGUACCUGGGGAAUUUGAUUCUCUCCUCCAUAAUGUCGAUAAUAAAAGAUUUUGCCUCAGUGGCUUGCUGCAGCGCUUCCAUCACGAUUUUCAGGGGCAAGCCGGGGAUUUUGAUAUCAGCCUGGAGCGCGGUGAUGCCUUUUUUCGUGCCGGCCAGCUUGAAGUCCAUGUCCCCCAAGUAAUCCUCGAUGCCC